CACUAGCCCCGGGAGCAGCACCGCGGGCCGCUUGGCGCGACUCGUCUAACCAAUCCAAAGCCUGGAAGGUGUCUUUGUUCUCAUAAGAGUCAUCUCGAAAUCCUCCGAUCAGGCUACAGUGUGAUACAGGUCUGUUUCGCUCUUGAUGCCUGAUCAGUGAUGUAAAGAGCACUCCUACGAAAUAUAACAUUCACAACCCAUCAAACCCGCGUAUUUGACCUCCAGGUCAAUUGCAAUCAUUGAGUCAACUCCAACGAACGCUUUUCGAUAUCGCACUGCCGUUUGACGCACUUCACUUCCAACUCAAAAUAUCACCAUCACGUAAUCACAACUCAAUCACAUUUUCACUCUCCUCAGUCCCAACAAUGGCAGCCUCCAAAUGGCCAAUGAAGCAAUACUCGUCCGCGCAAUUCAUCGAGUCCGCCGGCACCGUGCUCUUCUCAUACCAUGAACCAUUUUCAAACCCACCUUCAUCAGCCCUCAAAAUCUGCCUCCUCCACUACCUCCCCGAAAACCAGCUUCUGCUGCCCAAAGGACGCCGCAAUAUUGCCGAAACGCGUGCCGAAGCUGCACUCCGUGAGACUUGUGAGGAGACAGGCUGUGAAUGUUCGAUGCUGCCGGUUAGUAUGGAGACUCGAUGUACUCUGCCCAUGUGGGGCCCUGGUGCGAGCGACAGGGCGAGGAAGGAAACAGUUCAGGGAGAGGCGUUCUUCGUUACUCAUCGAGAGCUGGGAGACGGAAGCGGCAUCAAGGUUAUCUGGUGGUAUGUUGCUGUGGCAAGGGAGGGGCAGGAGCACAUGCCUGCAAGGGUGAUUGAAGGGCAGUUCAAGCCGGUGUGGGUUGGAUUGGAUGAAGCGGAGACUAGAUUAACAUUCGAGGGAGAUAGGGAGAUCGUCAAGAAAGCGAUUAUGCUGGUUCGGGGUGAAUGAAAACAAUUUCACUUUACGGAGGGCAUAGUAGAUGCAAAAUCAUCAAUCGCUCUGGGAUUGUUUUGACAAGUUUUAGUCUGACUUACUUCCAAGUCAUCAGACACCCAUGCCAAUAAGAAUGGUCUUGCUCUGCAAAUAUCCCAUAAUCCCUUCGCGGCCU